UAGAGCUAAAAGUAUAGGGGGCAGAGUUGUUAUGUUUUCAAAGUUUUUUAGAGAAUCUUGUCAGUCUUGGACAAAAAGUUAGAAUUCAACGGCCAUGACGCGUAUUCCCUACUCUCUCUCUCUCUCUCUCUUCAACUGAUUUCGUUCAAGCAGCAGUAAGCAUCGUUGGUAGCACAAAACUCGAUUGAUAAACGCUCAUCGUUGAAUUUUGAAACCGUAAAAUACUCGAACAUUACGGUCAAAAUUUAAUUUGUCCCAAAUUGAUCGGCUAUAUGGUCUCUUCAUCGUAGUACGUUCUUCGUUGAUUCUUGCUUAAUUGAGCAGGUAAGAAUCCCCUCAUCUUCCAUGUGAAUUUCAAUAGAAACUCCGUAGCUGUUAUGAGUCUUUCAUCAUCCUGUUCAUUUUGAUUCUAGAACUCUCCCUGUACAUCUCUAGGGUUUUUACCGCCUGGUCAUGUUUCAAAUCUGGGUGCUCAUUCAGAGGAUUUGAGCUCUUUGUGUAGUGCUUGUUUGAUUUGCUUGAGAUUUCUUAGGUUUGUAAAAAGUUUGGAAAUUUUAGAAAGAACAUGUCGUCCGCUGGUGUUGUUGCUCUUAGGCCGUUCUGUGACGACUCCAUUUUGCCUUCGUUGUCUGUACAUAACCAAGAUCCGAUUAUGAUUCAAUUGGCUAUGUCGGGUUCCAUGGUUCCAAUGAGGGUGUUGGAGUCGGAGUCGAUUGAGUCGGUGAAACUUCGGAUUCAAAGCUAUAAGGGGUUUGUUGUGAAGAACCAGAAGUUGGUUUGUGGAGGUAGGGUAUUAUCCAGGAGUAACUCUUUGGUUAGGGAUUAUGGUGUAAGUGAUGGGAAUGUGGUUCAUUUGGUUGUCAGGCUUUCUGACCUUCAAAUGAUCAAUGUGAGGACUUCAUGUGGUAAAGAAAUCACUUUCCAUGUGGAAAAGAAUCGUGAUGUUGGUUAUGUAAAAAGGCAGAUUGCUAGGGAAAAGAAAGGAUUCAUUAACAUGGAUGAAGAAGAAAUCCUGUGCGAGGGUGAGCAGCUGGAAGAUGAGAGGCUUAUAAAAGAUAUUUGCAAAUAUAACAGUAAUGAUGCAGUCAUCCAUUUGUUUGUUAGGAAGUCUGCAAAGAUUCAGAAGGAUUUUGAGCUGAGCAUACAAUCAAAAGAAUAUGAUGUUGGUGUGUUACAACUUCAGAAUGGAGGUAAUGGGAUAGAGUAUUAUGGAUCGGUUCCUAAAGAAGCUGUAAACAGAAGUGUGUGGUUGGAAGCUGUGAGUGUCAACCCAAAGGCUGCACUCCCUGGUGUGGUUUUGGAGCUGGUAAACUCGACGCAUGAAGGUUUGAAGAAGGGGAAUUAUCCAGUAAGAUCUUGUGAGGGUACAGGUGGCGCGUAUAUGAUGAUGGAUGCAUCAGGGAGUAAAUAUGUUUCAGUGUUUAAGCCGAAUGAUGAGGAGCCUAUGGCUGUAAAUAACCCCAGAGGAUUACCAUUGUCAAUGGAUGGUGAAGGGCUAAAGAAAGGGACAAGUGUUGGUGAAGGUGCAUUAAGGGAAGUUGCUGCAUAUAUUUUAGAUCACCCAAAAGGCCAACAUAAUAAUAAGUCUUUCUCUGGUAGACGCAAGGGGUUUUCUGGGGUCCCCCCGACACUGUUGGCCACAUGCUUGCACCCAGGGUUUAACCAUAACCAUAACCAUAAUGGUGUAGAAUUCAAGGAGAAGAUCGGAUCAUUGCAGAUGUUCAUGGACAACUGUGGAAGCUGUGAGGAUAUGGGUCCUAAUGCUUUUCCAGUCGAGGAAGUUCAUAAGAUCUCUGUUUUGGAUAUCAGGAUGGCAAAUGCAGAUAGGCAUGCUGGAAAUAUAUUGGUGACCAAAACCAAAACCAAAGGAGAAGAUGCUAAAUUUGUACUCAUUCCUAUUGAUCAUGGCUACUGCCUGCCUGCCAGUUUUGAAGACUGCACAUUUGAUUGGCUGUAUUGGCCUCAAGCUCGGGAAGCGUUUAGUAGUGAAACAGUCGAAUACAUAAACUCACUGGAUGCUGAGGAAGAUAUAGCUCUGCUUAAGUUUUAUGGAUGGAAUUUACCCUCAAAGAGUGCACGUGUGUUUCGAAUAUCCACCAUGUUACUGAAGAAAGGCGUUGAGUUACUAAAAACCCCCUCCCCUUUUGCAAUUGGAAAGCUGAUGUGUAGGGAAAACUUGAAUAAGCCGUCUGUGAUUGAAGAGAUAGUCCAAGAAGCAGAAGAUCUUCUUCUUCCUGGUUCAAGUGAGGCUGCAUUCAUUCAGACUCUUUCUGAGGUCAUGGAUCGCUGCCUUCGUAAAUAAACUAUUCAAUUUCUUAUGUUUUCCGUACAUAUGAGGUGAGUGAGAUUGAGAUUUGAGAGAGAGGGGGUUAAGUUCCAAUAUGUAUUUUUAUUCUUUUAUAUUUUGUAUUUCAUUUCAAUCGGAGUGGAGAGUGGGGUUUCGAUUUCUUGAAGAAUAAUACAUUUACCAAAUGCUAGGUAGCGAGGAAUACGAGUUUAGUGAGUUUUUAGACUCAAAUUUGUUUGUUAUGACUUAUGACUUAUGAUUACGUACCUACAUACACAAAGGAGGUGAGGUGAUUUCUUUUGUCUUGUAAAUGUUGCCCAUUAUUUGUAUUUUGUAGCGUUCUCUUAUGCUACUAAGUGAAGAGAGGAGGGAGGAGAAUAAAACGUAUGAUUGUACAUCUCGUCAUUACAAAAAAAUAUAUAUAGA